AUGACUACUCCUGAGAAUGCAUACCAGGAAAUUGCUCGGGUCUUCUCUUCCAGAGGGAACCAGAUCUUGGAGAUUGAGAUGAUCUCCUCCACUCUGGGAACACCCUUUUUGCAAGAUGAAUUGUUCAUUGGAAUGACCAAGAAAAUGCUCGUGUACGCCUAUACCGUCGCACGAAGCCUGUUCUUCGAGCGCCUGGUGUCAAUGUCUGGAGAUGAUUUUCACGUGGACUCCGUCGAGGACGCCAUCACUAGCGGGGUAUCAGAUCGAGCCAUUACAGAAGUCAUGCUACUUUUUGACUGUGAGCAUCUGACCGCAUGUAACUGGCGCAAACGUUGGCUGCUGGCAGCCGUUGCACAAUGCGCUGAAGAUCUAGAUCAGAUUGCCUCGACAAAAAAGCUGCUGGACACUGAGCUGUCGCUUUUGACGACCUAUCAGUGUUCACCACUACACCGGCAUACUAAAUCUCCGACUCUGUGGUCCCAUAGGCUAUGGGUAGUGAGGCAGAUGUUUCAGAUCCAAACCUGGACCCCGGAAGCCCUGUUGAAAUUGCAUCGUGCGGAGCUUGAUGGAGUCCUGCGUGCCGCGGAGUUACACCCUAAGAACUACUAUGCCUUCGGCUAUAUACGGCAGCUUCAUGCUCUUCUUGCGCAUACGACAGAUUUCUCGAACUUGUCUGAACAACUGGCUAGACCCUUGAUGGAUCCCGUUCUUGACUGGUGUCUUGCUCACCCACGGGAUAUAUCUGCCUGGAUCUUUGCGAAGUAUUUACUGGGUUGUAUUGCGGAGCAACAGGUUCGGACAGACGCGGUAGGGCGAGUGGUCUGUUUUGCGCGCGAUAUUGGAUGGGAGGGCGAGAGCCUGUGGACAUUUGUUGACCAAUCCAUCCGCCAAUUCGACUUGGAAAAUGUGCUCGAUGAGAUUUUGCCAUCUGAUACGCUGGACGCGGACCAACACGCUGUGCCAAAAUCGCCUUGGCUGGGCCGGCUGACCAGGGCACAAGCAUUUUGGGCUGCAUAUCGAAACACAAGGGUGGAGGAAUAA